AUGGUCUUGGAAUCAGACGUCACAAUAGAAGGACUCCGCACAGUCAGCGAGACAGGGGUCCCUGUCACGGCGCACCCCCCAGCCGUCUACAGUGACAACACCCGAGAGCAGUGGCUGGAGGCUGUGCUGGCCUCUUCCGAGAAGGGCAACAAACUAGAUUUCAAGAGCAUCAAGGCUGUGGACCCCACCCUGGGCCUCCUGCGCACAGCAACGGUGCGGCUCCCAGACUGUGAAGGCGUGAUCCUGCUGGAUGUGGGCCUUCAGGAGCCUGCAGCUGGGGACCCUGUGCCCAUCGUCUAUGCCCCAGAUGGCCAUGCCCUGAUGCUUGAGUCCUGCCUGCAGCAGCUGGCCAUGCGCCCUGGACACUGGGGCCUCCAUGUGCACACAGCAGAGCCCACCACCCUGCAGCCAUCCCUGGCCACGCUGGCCACCCUAUGCGCCCUUGGCCACCUGUCUAGGCCUGUGGGGCUUGGGGCCACAGUCUCCCAUGGGAGUUUCAUGGUCCCUGGCUACGUGACUGGCAGGGAGCUGCUUGCAACUGUGGCCGAGGUAUUCCCCCAUGUGGCAGAGGCACCAGGCUGGCCCGAGGAAGUGCUGGGCAGUGGCUACAGGGAACAGCUGCUCACAGAUAUGCUGGAGCUGUGCCAGGACCUCUGGCAACCUGUGUCCUUCCAGCUGCAGGUUGGGCCUCUGGUCAGAGUCCUGCUGGAAUAG